UUCAAAAGGCAAAGCCCUCUCCACAAAAUAAUCAUAAAACAACCAACAUGUGUGAAUUGAAAUCCACAAAAAUACCACCCCUUUUCCCUUUCCCCGCCACUAUAUAAGCUUCCAUUUUCAUUGCUCUACGUUCAGUCCUAUGGGAAUCUUCACAGCUCUCUAGCAUAUUCCCCCAAAACUCCCUCUUACACAAUCCCGAAAUCCUCUCUCAACCUCUUCAGAAAACUUCAACAAUUUGAAAAUCCUUUGAUACCCAAUUCAGAAAUGGAUUCAAUCAAUACAGAGAAGCUUCAAUCCAUGAAGAAGAACAAGAAAUUACAAGUUCUCAACUCUCUGUUUCUCCACUCCGUUUUAGCUUUACUUUGUACUCUGUUUUGUUCCUGCCCUUUUUGGUUUCCACACCUCUGUUCUUCUAUGAACCACUUGGCUUUUGUUUCUCUCCCAAAUUUUAAUAUUCCUUUCUUCUCCAACCCCAAAUUCUUGUUCAUUGUGGGCAAUGCCAUCAUCGUCUUCCUCGUCGGGGAAUCAAAGCUUUCAAAUCCACCUCCAUCUCCGGCGACGGAGUUAUACAAUGAAGGGCCCUACAAUGAAUAUGUUGGAAAAAGUCAAAAAAAUUGCGAAUUCUCAAGUCAGAUGGAGAAGAAAGGAGAAGGGAAGUUGGGGAUAAAGUUUUUAACAGAGGAGAGUGUGAAGAAUAUUGAAAAACAGGCAGAGGAGAGAGAGGAAGAAGAGGAGGGUGGUUUGGAAACAGAGGAGUUGACCAAAAGAGUUGAGGAUUUUAUUGCAAGGGUUAAUAGACAGAGGUUGGUUGAAGCUAGAUUUGAAGAUUGUGGAAGGGGAUGAGAGAGAAGAGGUUGGAUUGAAGAGUAGGAGAGAGAAUAAUUAUAGACAUGGUUUCCAAAUUUUGCGUUCACCAUAUUGGAGGUUUGUUCGUUAGUAUUCGAUCUCGGGAUUAGUGAGAGGGUGCGCAGACUCGUCCGAACACCCGAUUACAAAAAAGAAAAAAGAAAAAGGAUAACUAGCUUAAUUAGAUUGCUUUUUUAGUUUUUUUGCCAAAACCGAUAACGGAUGAUAUUAUUAAUACUCAAGUAUGGAUACAUUAAGAGGACAUUUCAUCCCUAGACAAGAGAUCGAGAAGCCAACCGGAAGCAGACUCUGUCUAAAAACUAUAUCUCGUCCCAAAUAAACCCUUAUUUGCCAAAGUGUGUCGUACAUUGCUAGAAAAUCUUCGAAUGAAAGAAAAUCUUCGGUCUGCACUUCCAUCUCCAACAAUUAAUGAUCGAUUUUUUAGUUUAAUUGGUAUUAUCCCAAAGAGCAGAUUUUUAUUGUAUGUGUACUUGGGAAAGACUAUGAAGAGAUUCGUGCAACAAUAUCUUAAUUCCAAUUAAAUUUCAUAUUUAGGAAGAAAGAAUUAAGGCAUACGCUGCAAAGCUAUAGUUAAGGUACACGCGAUAUUACCAUCUGAUAGGAACCUAACGAAGGUAUGCUGCUGGGCAAGGCCCGAUUGCGAGAGAUACAACGGGAUGGCAAAAGGACUUGUCAUUCUUAGAUGUUAUCUCCCACCAAAACAUUAAUCGUAAAAAAAAAUUAAAAA